GUAAAAAGCCUUCUAUGAUAUUAUAUUUUGAAAUUUUCUUGAAUUUUUUGUUAUCACAUCGGUUAAGAUCCCGGUCUUUGUUUCCUUCGACUGGCUAUGUAAGAAGGUCAACCAAAAGUGUGGUCUUCUAGUGUCCAAUUUAAAAUCUGUUAUUUCAGGAUUUUACCAGGUUUGCUAAGAAACGUGUUGAAAAGCAAGCCGGUCAUACGUUCUUUGUUCACUAUGAAAGUGAAUUCUGAAGAGUUCAAAUCCCUUUUUACGGACGGUUUCAAAAAGUUGGUCGAAAUUUUCGACAAAAACGGCUUCGAGAUUAGGAUCGCAGGCGGUGCUGUUCGUGAUCUUCUUCUCGGCAUUGCUCCAAAAGAUGUUGAUUUUGCUUCAACCGCCACUCCGGACCAGAUGAAGACUUUCUUCAACAAGGAAGAAAUUAGGAUGAUCAACAUGAAAGGGGAAAAACAUGGAACAAUAACGGCAAGGAUUUGUGAUGAGAACUUUGAAAUAACAACCCUUAGAGUAGAUAUGGUUACUGAUGGGCGUCACGCUGAGGUACAGUUCACAAAGGAUUGGGAGUUAGAUGCCAAUCGUCGAGACCUAACAAUUAAUUCAAUGUUUCUUGGUGUUGAUGGAACGCUGUUUGAUUACUUUAACGGAUAUGAUGAUUUAUUGAAAAGGAGGGUUGUUUUUGUUGGUGAUCCUCGUAAACGGAUUCAAGAGGAUUAUCUUAGGAUUUUAAGGUAUUUUCGUUUCUAUGGCCGUAUAGCAGAGCUACCAAAUGAUCACAAUGAAGAUACCAUAAAAGCAAUAAGUGAAAAUGUUGUAGGACUCGAAAAGAUAAGUGGAGAAAGGAUUUGGCAAGAAGUUUCAAAAAUCCUUUCAGGAAACUUUGUAUCACCAAUUGUACAGAAAAUGAUCCAAGUAGGUGUUCACAAAUAUAUCGGGCUGCCUGAGAAGCCCAACGUAUCAGAAAUGAUAAAAGUAUAUGAAAUGGGUAAACAUUUUAAUCUUCAUCCAAUCUCAUUGAUAUCGAGCCUGCUGUAUAACGAGGAGGACGUAUUUAAUUUCCACAAAAGGUGCAGGCUUUCACUUUUUGAACAGGAGUUGUCGAUGUUGAUCGUGCAAGAACGCGACACCCCAAACGAAUUUCAUUACUACCAGGAGAUGGUCUUGAAAGCAUCAGGGAAAAGUGACAAGCUGUCAAAACAACUCAUUGAAUUUUUUAAAUACAAGUGCAACCUAGAUCUUCUCUCAGAAUUACAAUGUUGGCAGAUUCCAAAGUUUCCUGUAAGCGGAGUCGAUCUGAAAAAAGAAGGUGUCCCUCAUGGAAAAUCUGUCGGAAAAGUAUUAACAGACUUACGGCAAAUAUGGAUAGAUAGUAAUUUCAAAUAUGAUAAAAAGACAUUAUUAAACAAUGUCCCUGCAGUUGCAGGCAAACACAAAAUUAAUUUGUCAAAAUCAGCAGUUUGAAAAUAAAUAUUUACUUUUAUAUGA